GCCCAUUGUUGCGUCUUUCAAAGGGAUUUGCAUACUCCUAACUCUAGGGCUCAUUUCCCUGCAGAAAGUCAGAAGAGAAAAACAAAACCGUUCAUUGAACAUUGGGAAGUUUGGUUGAGGAAGCCAGUGCCUGAAAAGGGGCAAUGACAUGGGACUUUUUUCAGCUGAUGCAGCAAGAGACCCUUCCAGUGGUGAGUGACUGGCCUUAGGAACUGUAAAUGAGGGGAGAAGAGCUAUUCAAGGCAUACCUACAGCAGCCUUUAAAAGAAACAAAAACAAACAAACUGGCAACCCUGUAAUUAUUUGCCUGGUUUGAUUUUGUUGUUGUGCUGGGUGGCUGCUUCAGCAGACAAAAAGCUGGGAUGGGGAAGGUCUGUGGCUUAUUUUUUAUUUUAUUAUAUUCAUAUCCUCUGCUUAUCUGCCAAGUCUUUUGCCAACCCCAAGGUUACAAAGUGAGCUUCAUGGCCGAGUGGGGACUUGAACCCUGGCCUCCCAGGUCCUUGGCCGACAGACAUUCUAACAACUACACCACCAGUUGCCAUGAAGCUCACUUGGGUGACCUUGGGCCAGUUGCUGUCUCUCAGCCUUUCUUACCUCACAGGGUUGCUGUGAGGAUAAAAUUGGGCAAAGAGAGAGAACACUGUACAACCACCUUGAGCCUUUUGGCGGAAAGGUGGGAGGCCGUAGCAGGUGCUGUAACUCUCCAACCGCUUGACUUUACCCCCUAAGGCAUCCUCUUCCAUUGUCUCUCAAGGCAGACCAGUGCCAGCAACAACCUAUGUUCCAGGGCUUGGAUGUUUGGUGUGGUGGUUAGACCAGGGGCAGGCCACAUUCAUACCACACAUUUAAAGCACUCUGAUAACAGGUUAUGGCUUUGCCCAAAGAAUCCUGGGAACUGUCAUUUGCUCUGGGUGCUGAGAGUUGUUGGGAGAUCUCAUUCCCCUCCCAGAGCUACAAUUCCCAGAGUUCCCUGAGAAAAGGGAUCAACCGUUACACCCCUCUUGAGAGCUGUAGGUUCAAGAGAGGUCUCCUAACAACUCUUAAGUUCCUGUAAACUAAAACCAUUGACUGUCCACAGUGGUAUCAUGGUGCUUUUUAUGCUGUGAAUGUGGCCUUAGACAGGGAUAGUCCAAAUCCCUUCAAACAGAGGAUUGUCCUCAGUAAAAGUUGGUCAUGUGGCUCAUGUAAUGAAGGCCUCAGACUGUGCAGCUGGAGCACGUGGCCCAAGUGGAGCACAGCAGCCUGUCUGAAGUCAUCCACCUUAAUUGGGGGCCAAGUGAGAAGCUUCAGACUAUCCUGUGGUGCAGGCUGGCUGGCCUAUCGCCCCUUCACCUCUCUUUGACUCGAGAGACCCAUAGCGGAAUGGGUGGCGACAGUGGCCUGAUCUGCCUCACAUAACCAGCGUCAGGUUUCCUGUCGCAACCCAGACGCAGCCAAUGAAUGGGCUUUUUGCCUCUCUCCGUGUGUGUAUGUGGUGUUUAUGUUUCUGUGUGUGUGUGUGUCUGAACUCUUGCAACACAGACAGGCCAGCAGCCAAACACAGCUGCACAGUGCUUUAGCGAUAAGGCCUCAUGAGGGUGUGAGGAGGAAGCUCAGGAGGGAGGAGGGCCCUGCUCCCAUCUCUUGCUCUUUUCUCUCGCUCUCUCUGACACACACACACACACACACACACACACACACACACACAGAGGAAAGGCCACAUCAGCUUUGCACAAGUGGUUGCACUCUCAACCCUGCUGACUCGACUUCCAAAAAAAUGCCACAUGGCUAACGCCGGCUCCUUGGGACUGGCCCGGCUCCUUCAGAGGAGGGAAGCAAGUUCCCUGCUGGUGCAGCUCCGAAGAAGGCCCAAUGCUUGGUAAUGCUCUCUGUCUGUCUGUGGUGGGGCUGGGUUGGAUGGGUGGAGCGGAGAGUCCAGUAUUUAUUAUUUUUUUGAUGGGGUCAGUACAGGGUUGUAAAGUUGCUGGCUGCUCCAGAAGGAAGAAAACAACCUUCUGUGUCAUUGUCUUUUAAGAGUAUCUUAAUUUGCAGCAGCAGCAACAACUUGUCUUUGCAGUGUUGGGAGGGGGGGGUUAUAAUCACCUGGUAGUGGUCUUCAGAUCAAGUUGCAGAGGAGCAAAAGUCUACUGUGUGAAUUUGCAACCAUGCAGAGAAAUCAGUGCCCCGAGCAAACUUCUAUGCUGUGAGUAACUGGCUGGCAUGCAGUUGGUUUAAGAGAAUUAAGUUUUUACUGGUACAGAGCUGAAAAGGAUGGCAGUGAAAUGGCCCCUGCUGAAUUGCUGCAGCUGAAAAAUCCUUUCAGCUCUUAGGGGUUGUAUGAGGCUGCUUCGGGUUGGCAUCAUCUUUUUCUUCUGUAAUGGUCAGGGAAAGAGUGAUGGAUGUGGGACUGGGUUUGCCAGCUGACCAGAAAAAAACGGACCUGGCCUGCAUUUCACAAGUCACUUGAUCUGUCUGCUGGCAAAGCCUUUCAAAACAGCUUUGCCAUCUGCUAAUGUAUGCCAGUUGAGGUGCAGCUAAAGGCAGAUGAGCAGGGUUAGCUUAAAAGGUGGCAACUCUAAGGCUGUCAUUAGUUUUGUUUUCUAGUUGGGCUCCUGCACUUUAGCCAUAGGAAAAGCAGGAAAGCUAUAAGUGAAACUUUUUCCUGGUGUGGAAAGUGCAUGUGCGCAGACUUUCCCUUGCAUGUACUGUACCUGGGAGUAAUAUUGUGGCUUAUCAGGACAUCUUUCUUUGGAAGUAGUUUGCAACUUCAAUGGCAAGUCAUGAAUCUCUGGAAAUGAGUUCUCUAACUAGGAAUGAGACGCACGUCGCGCAGUGCUCAAACAUAAAAAGAUGCACUUCCUGCUUUGGAACUUCAAGGGAAAUGCACAUGUCAAAACAGAUUAUUGAAAAUUCUCUGGCAGUGCACACAGCAUGACCACGUUGGCCAUCAACUGGUCACCCAUCUGAUGAACCAUUUCUCCACUUAGAGGGCUUCCGGCUAGUGUUGCCACCUUUCUGCCUAUUCCUAUGCUUUUAACAGCUGCCUGCAAUGGGAUAAAUUGAGCAGCUGAGGUUUUCCCAAUUGCUUCAGCUCCAUGCUAGGAAAAGCUUCAGUUGCUCAAUUUGUGCCUACAAAGCAGGAGUGGGGCCUCCAGGCCUCUCUAUGUGGCCCUCAAAACUCUUCCAAGACCACACCCCCUCUCCCUAGGUAACGCUUUGCAUUGACCCUGCUUCACACCUUUAGUGUUUUUGCCUGGGUGGCCAGUACCCUUAAACUCUGAUAAUGCCUCUUGCUUGUCCAGGAUGGAAGAUAGAGGGGGGGGGUGUGUGUGUGAAUUAGCUGACAGUACAAAGGUAAAAUCCAUUGCUCCACCCACCUUUGCUCCUGGCCCUGCCUACCAACUGGUAUGUGGCCCUCAGAAGGUUGUUUAGAGGGAAUGUGGCCCUUCGGUUGAAAAGGUUCCCCUGUGGUUGCUGCAGUUAAAAGCCCAUCAGUAAAACAAGUUGGUAGCCUUGCUUCCAGAGUUUGUGUGUGUCAGAUGAGGUGACUCAGCACAUCCGACAUCCACAAACCAUAUGCAGACUGCUGGUAGCUGUUUGCCCAUAUAUCAGUGGAGAAAAUGGUGGUGAGAUAAUGUUCUGCAAAGCAUUCCCUGACUAGUGUGGUUGCAAGUUGAUUGCAAAGACCAGAUGUUUCCACAUCCUGAAAAAGCUUGUGAUCCUUACAUGUGGAAAUUUUGAAGCAUUCUGCCCUACUAGUCCCAGAAAACAUUAACCAGGAGCCUGCAAAUACUUUUGCUCCCUUCCUGUUGCCAGCCCUGCUGGAGAUUUACAGCAGCAAACAGCUGGGUGGGUGAGCACCUUCCAUCAGUAGGGGCGUAAAGUGUUUCUGCUCAAGAAUGAGGCCCAACAAGUUUUGCCUGCUCUUCCUGGGUCCUUGGAAUGCCAGUGUUCAUAAGCAGCUACUUGAGAGCUGCUAAACCCAUUUCCUGAGCUAUGUGUUCCAUCCCCUCCAAUCCCCACGCCGAGGGCUUAGGGUGGCGCUGUGGUCUAAACCACAGAGCCUAGGACUUGCUGAUCAGAAGGUUGGUGGUUCGAAUCCCUGUGACGGGGUGAGCUCCUGUUGCUCGGUCCCUGCUCCUGCCCACCUAGCAGUUUGAAAGCACGUCAAAGUGCAAGUAGAUAAAUAGGUACCGCUCUGGCAGAAAGGUAAACGGCGUUUCCGUGCGCUGCUCUGGUUCGCCAGAAGCGGCUUAGUCAUGCUGGCCACAUGACCCGGAAGCUGUACGCCAGCUCCCUCGGUCAAUAAAGCGAGAUGAGCGCCGCAACCCCAGAGUCGUCUGCGACUGGACCUAAUGGUCAGGGGUCCCUUUAUCCUUUACUUUUAAACCCAUUUCCUGACCUAUUUGUUUCAUCUCUUCCAAUCCCCACGCUGAGGGCUUAGGGUGAUGGUGGAUACCAAUAAAGUUAAAACCAUAAAGCUUCAGUUACAGGGAUUAAGCCCCCUCCUCAUCUCAUGCCAUUCAGACCAUUGGUCUAUCUAGCUUAGUACUGUCCAUGCUGACUGGCAGCAGCUCUCCAUGUUUUCAGACACAGGAUCCUUCCCUGCUCUGCCUGGGACCUUCUGUGAGCAAAGCAGAUGCUCCACCACUGAGCUAUGGUCUUUCCCUUUAAACUUAGGAAGCUGCCUUUUAUGAGGGAGUCAAACUAUUGGUCCAUCUAGCUCAGUGCUGCAUGCCCUGACUGGAAGUGACUUUCAAGGGUUCUGGCACAUGGAGUAUACCUUUGAGCUAAGUGAGACCUGUUGGAGGAGACCUGUUGGAUCAGACCAAUAGCCCAUCUAGUCCAGAAUUCUGUUCUCACAGUGGCCAACUAGAUGCCCCAUGGGAAGCCUGCAAGCAGGUCCCAAGCGCAAGAGCCCUCUCUCCUCCUGCGGUUUUCAGCCACUGGCAUUCAGAAACACACUGCCUUCGACAAUGGAAGCAGAACAUAGCCACCAUGGCUAGUAGCCAUAGAUAGCCUUCUCCUCCAUGAAUCCUCUUUUAAAGUAAUCCAAGCUGAAGGUCUUCACCAGGGGCAGAGGCAGGGUGUGUGUGGUGGGGGCAGGCUGCCUGGGUGUCACCAGUGAGGGGGGUGACAAAAUGCUGGGCACCACUCACCGUGGGGCCCCAAACGGUCCGCCCGCUGCCUCCCCCCCACCCCAGCUGUAGGGUGGCUGAGUGGGAGGAGGUAGGCAGACAUUUUGGAGGCCCUGUGGAGUGUCCUGCCCCAGCUCACCCUGCCCCGCGGGUGGCUGGCCCCGCCCCUGGGCGCAGGACACACACACUGCCCCAGGCGCCCAAUCAGCUUGCUCUGCCGCUGGUCAUCACUGCCUCCUGUGAGAGGUAGUUCCAUAUACUGGCCUUGGUCCAGUAUAUCAGAAGGAGCGUCUCCACCCCCAUUGUUCUACCCGGACACUGAGGUCCAGCGCCGAGGGCCUUCUGGCAGUUCCCUCACUGCGAGAAGCCAAGUUACAGGGAACCAGGCAGAGGACCUUCUCGGUAGUGGCACCCGCCCUGUGGAACGCCCUCCCAUCAGAUGUCAAAGAGAACAACAACUACCAGACAUUUAGAUGACAUCUGAAGGCAGCCCUGUUUAGAGAAGCUUUUAAUAUUUGAUGCAUUACUGUAUUUUAAUAUUGUGUUGGAAGCCGCCCAGAGUGGCCAGAUGGGCAGGGUAUAAAUAAUAAAUUAUUAUUAUUAUUAUUAUUAUUAUUAUUAUUAUUAUUAUUAUAUAUUUUUAUUAGUUUUCAAAUACAAAACAGAAUUAUACACUCCAUACAUCUUAAUUACAUCUUAUUUCUCUUUUUUGACUUCCCUCAAUUUGUCUGCAAUCCUUCAUAUUUUAACUUUUUGCACAUUUCUAUUUAUUAUUUAUAUUAUUACUGUAAACUUCAUCCCAUUUUUAAUACUUAUUAUUAACAUUCUCCUAUCACAGCGCUUCAUUAAAACUUACAAACGUAAUCUGAUUAUCACUUAAUUUUUGCAAAUAUUCAAUAAAUUUUUCCCAAUCUUCUGUAAAUCUUUGAUCUCGUCGAUUUCGGAUCCUUCCUGUCAUUCUGUCCAGUUCUGCAUAGUCCAUCAUUUUUGUUCUCCAUUCUUCUAUCGUAGGUAGCUCCUCCUGUUUCCAUUUCUGGGCCAUCAGUAUUCUUGCCGCUGUCACUGCAUAUAAAAAUAACUUCUUUUCUUUCUUAUUUAUCUCAUUACCUGUAAUGCCUAAUAAAAAUGCUUCUGGUUUCUUAACAAAUGUAUAUUUCAACAUUUUCUUCAAUUCAUUAUAUACUAUUUCCCAAAAGCUUUUAACUUUCUUGCAUUCCCACCACAUAUGAUAAAAUGUACCUUCUUUUUCUUUACAUUUCCAACAUUUGUUACUUGUCUUAUACAUUUUUGCUAAUUUCACCGGUGUUACAUACCAUCGAUACAUCAUUUUCAUCACAUUUUCUUUUAUAGUUGUACAUGCUGUGAAUCUUAGACCUUCUUUCCAUAAUUUUUCCCAAUCCUCCAUUUGUAUAUUAUGUCCUAAAUCUUUGGCCCAAUCAAUCAUAACUGAUUUUACCUCUUCAUAGAAUCAUGGAAUCAUAGAAUUAUAGAAUCAUAGAGUUGGAAGAGACCACAAGGGCCAUCGAGUCCAACCCCCUGCCAAGCAGGAAACACCAUCAGAGCACUCCUGACAUAUGGUUGUCAAGCCUCUGCUUAAAGACCUCCAAAGAAGGAGACUCCACCACACUCCUUGGCAGCAAAUUCCACUGUCGAACAGCUCUUACUGUCAGGAAGUUCUUCCUAAUGUUUAGGUGGAAUCUUCUUUCUUGUAGUUUGGAUCCAUUGCUCCGUGUCCGCUUCUCUGGAGCAGCAGAAAACAACCUUUCUCCCUCCUCUAUGUGACAUCCUUUUAUAUAUUUGAACAUGGCUAUCAUAUCACCCCUUAACCUCUUCUCCAGGCUAAACAUGCCCAGCUCCCUUAGCCGUUCCUCAUAAGGCAUCGUUUCCAGGCCUUUGACCAUUUUGGUUGCCCUCCUCUGGACACGUUCCAGUUUCUCAGUGUCCCUCUUGAACUGUGGUGCCCAGAACUGGACACAGUACUCCAGGUGAGGUCUGACCAGAGCAGAAUACAGUGGCACUAUUACUUCCCUUGAUCUAGAUGCUAUACUCCUAUUGAUGCAGCCCAGAAUUGCAUUGGCAUUUUUAGCUGCCGCGUCACACUGUUGGCUCAUGUCAAGUUUGUGGUCGACCAAGACUCCUAGAUCCUUUCCACAUGUACUGCUCUCAAGCCAGGUGUCACCCAUCUUGUAUUUGUGCCUCUCAUUUUUUUGCCCAAGUGCAAUACUUUACAUUUCUCCCUGUUAAAAUUCAUCUUGUUUGUUUUGGCCCAGUUCUCUAAUCUGUCAAGGUCGUUUUGAAGUGUGAUCCUGUCCUCUGGGGUGUUAGUCACCCCUCCCAGUUUGGUGUCAUCUGCAAAUUUGAUCAGGAUGCCCUUGAGUCCAUCAUCCAAGUCGUUGAUAAAGAUGUUGAAUAAGACCGGGCCCAAGACAGAACCCUGUGGCACCCCACUAGUCACUCUUCUCCAGGAUGAAGAGGAACCAUUGAUGAGCACCCUUUGGGUUCGGUCAGUCAGCCAGUUACAAAUCCACUGAGUGGUAGCAUAGUCAAGACCGCAUUUUACCAGCUUCUUUACAAGAAUAUCAUGGGGCACCUUGUCAAAUGCCUUGCUGAAAUCAAGGUAGGCUACAUCCACUGCGUUCCCUUCAUCUACCAGGCUUGUAAUUCUGUCAAGAAACAAGAUCAGGUUAGUCUGACAUGACUUAUUUUUCAGAAAUCCAUGCUGACUAUUGGUGAUCACAGCAUUCCUUUCUAGGUGCUCACAGACUGUUUGCUUAAUUAUCUGCUCCAGAAUCUUCCCUGGUAUUGAUGUCAGACUGACUGGGCGGUAAUUAUUUGGGUCCUUUCUUUUCCCCUUUUUGAAAAUAGGGACAACAUUUGCCCUCCUCCAGUCUGCCGGGACUUCGCCUGUUCUCCAGGAAUUCUCAAAGAUGACUGCCAGUGGUUCUGAGAUCACAUCUGCCAGUUCUUUUAAUACUCUUGGAUGUAGUUCAUCUGGCCCUGGAGACUUGAAUACAUCUAAACUAGCCAAGUAUUCUUGUACUAUCUCCUUAGUUAUUCUGGGCUAUGUUUCCUUUGCUGAAUCAUUUGCUUCAAAUUCUUCAGGUCGGGCAUUGUUUUCUUUAUCGGAGAAGACUGAGGCAAAGAAGGCAUUGAGGAGUUCAGCCCUUUCUGUGUCCCCUGUUUGCAUUUCACCAUCUUCUCCUCUGAGUGACCCCACUGUUUCUUUGUUCUUCCUUUUGCUACGAACAUACCCAUACGAACAUGCCUUUUUUGUUGCUUUUAACCUCUCUAGCAAGCCUGAGUUCAUUCUGUGCUUUAGCUUUUCUGACUUUGUGUCUACACGUGCUGGCUAUUUGUUUGAAUUCCUCUUUGGUGGUUUCCCCCUUUUCCAUUUUUGUACACAUCCUUUUUAAUCUUAACUCAGUUAAAAGUUCUUUAGAUAGCCACCCUGGCUUCUUUAGGCACCUUCCAUGUUUCCGUCUCAUUGGUAUUGCCUGACGUUGUGCUUUUACUAUCUCCCUCUUAACAAACUCCCAGCCAUCAUGAACUCCCUUUCCUUUUAGUAUUACUGUCCAUGGGAUCUCACCCAGCACUUCCCUAAGUUUUAUGAAGUCGGCUUUCUUAAAGUCAAGAAAUUGAGUCCUAGUAUGCUUGGCUGCUCCUUUCCGCUGUAUAGUAAACUUCAGAAGAGCAUGAUCACUCGCGCCUACUUCUACCCCACUAACCAGGUCAUCAACAUUGGUUAGGACCAGAUCUAAAAUGGCUGUUCCUCUUGUUGCUUCUCCCACUUUCUGGACAAUGAAGUUGUCUGCAAGGCCAGUGAGGAAUCUGUUUGACCUUAUGCUCUUGGCUGAGUUUGACAUCCAACAAAUAUCCAGGUAAUUGAAGUCCCCCAUUACUACUAUCUCCCUUCCUUUUGCAUGCUUGGCCAUCUGUUCCAGGAAGGCAUCAUCUAUGUCCUCCGUUUGGCUUGGGGAUCUAUGGUAAACUCCCACAGUGAGGUCACUGUUAUUCUUCUCUCCCUUAAUUUUGACCCAAAUGCUCUUACUUUGGAGCAUUCAUCCUUCGUGCACCAUUCUAGUAAUAUGUUAUACAUUUUGGCUAAAAUUUUAAAAUCAUUAUUCAAUAUUUCUGUCUGAAAUUUUGAUUCUUUAUCAGCAAAACCCCUUUGAUUUAAAUCUUUUCUAAACAUUUCAUUAAUUUGAAAAAAAUGCAACCAGUCAUUAACAUAUUCCUUAACUUCUUCAAAUGGUCUCAUUUUCCAUCUCUUUUACUUAUUAACUUCUCAUAUGUCACCCAUCCCCCAGUCAUAUUGACUUUCUUCACGCUCAUCGCCUCCAACGGCGAAAACCAAUAUGGAGUUUUUUGUUCCAACAGAUUUUUAUAUCUUUCCCACACUUCAAUCAGGGACCUUCUUUUGAUGUGAUUUUCAAAACCUUUGUGUACACGUUUCUUAUCAUACCACAAAUACGCAUGCCACCCAAAUCUAUUGUCAAAACCUUCCAAAUCUAACAAAUCAGUAUCUUCUAAUUUCACCCAUUCCUUCAACCAACAGAGGCAAGAUGCUUCAUAGUACAAUUUCAAGUCUGGCAGGGCGAAGCCUCCUCUUGCUUUCACAUCUGUCAAUAUCUUAAAUUUUAUCCUCGGCUUCUUACCCUGCCAGAUAUACCUUGAAAUUUCUCUUUGCCAAUUUUUAAAAAUUGCUGCCCCUUUGAUCACUGGAACUGUUUGAAAUAAAAAUAACAUCUUCGGUAGCACAUUCAUUUUAAUCGUUGCGAUUCUUCACCAAUUAUUAUUAUUAUUAUUAUUAUUAUUAUUAUUAUUAUAGUUUAACUUGCUGUGUAAAGAAGGUCUUCCUUUUGCACGUCUUAAAUCCUCCAGCGUUCAACCUCAUCGGGUGCCCAUGACUUCUAGGGUUAUGAGAAAGGGAGGAGCACUUCUAUCUAUCCACUUUCUCUGUGUCAUGCAUAAUUUUAAACAUUUCUAUAAUAAUGUCUCCUCUGAGUGUCCUUCCCCCCCCAACAAAGAAAGCCCCAAUUGCUGAAACCUUUCCUCACUGGGGUUGUGUGUCCCAGAGAGCUUGGGUAAGUUUCAGAGCAAUGCUUUCAAAACCCUUGGAUAGCUGAGCUCUACUUAUCAGAAGGAGGUGAGCUUGGGAUGCUGAGAAAAAAUCGCUGUGCAUCUGUUGCUAAACCAUAGGAAUGGUGGGCCAGCAUGAUGUUUCUGGGAAGCUGACCUCCUGGGGAGCCAGAAAAGGUCUAGAUCUAGCCAAUAAUCCGCCAUAUGCUACCUUGAACAUAAAAGAGCCACUGUUAGCCCUUAUUGCUAGCAGUGAAUUGCAUAGUGGCUGCUGUUCAAGACGACACAGAUAAAAUAGUGGCUUAUCCACGCUUACCUUUUUGCCUGCUCUUUCAAGGCACAGAUCUGUGCUUUAAAGCUCUGCAUCUUAGUGCUCUUUCUCGCAGCCCUCCUUCGAAAUUUGAACUUCUCUGAAUUUUGCAGUGCAAUUUUCUGACCAAGUAAUGUGUAUAAGAAUGCAUAUACUAGGGUAAAGUAUGCAUAUAUUAGUGAAAAUAACAUAUGAAAGGCAUUGUAUUAUGGGAAGUUGAUUUCCAAAAAUGUGUUCUCUUUUCUUUUCUUUUUUCUUUUCAAGGGUUGCAAACUGAUGUAGAAAAUGAGAGUCACACCAAAACCAUACAUUUAAAGCACUCUUAUUCCACUUUAAGACACAUGGCUUCCCACAAAGUGUCCUAGAAAUUGCAGUUUGUUGAAGGUCUCCUAAGAACUUUCAGCACCCUUAACAGACUACAAUUCUGAUGACGGGGUGAAUGGGGGUUGUACAGGGUCACGGGGGAUUGUAGAACCUUUCCUUUUUUGGGGAGCAGGGUUCCUUUGUCAACAUCCUACACACCCAAGCUCCUGCAGACUGAUUUGCAUUGGCUUAUGCCUUGAUGCUGCAAAGUUCUGGUGUUAAUUGGCUCUAAGCAGCUAAUGAAUGAGCCCACUAUUUGCAGUACUAAAUAUUUUUUGCUUAGGCAGUUUUGUGCCAGAACGUCCAUUUCAAGGGGCAUUGCCAAGGAUGUUAUGGGAUACCUGAGGUCUCUGCUUUCUUCUUCUUCUUCCCACCCACCCGCCCUGCUCCAUUCUUCAGAGAAGUGCAUGAAAUGGGUUUCAUUUGAAGGCAAAUUGCUGUUACUUUGGUAAGGGACCAGGCAUUUUGAAACUGGGGGCUUUUCAUUUCUGUGCAUUUAUGUCUCUACACUAUAAUUAUUAUUUUUUUAAAAAAAGCAAUAAUACAUCCUGUGGGCUGCAUUAUUGAAACUUUUGAAAGCUGUUUCACUUUGCUCUGAAAAAAACAAAAAGAAACCCAUUUUCUAAGUGUGUGCCUGAUUUGCUCUCUGUGAGCUGUAAUUUACUCUGUGAAAAAAACAACCAUUUGCUCUCUCUAUCAUCGUCUUCUUCUUGCUGGAUCUCAAAAGGACAUAGGCCACAUCCACACUAUGCAUUUAAAGCAGCAUCGUACCACAUUAAGCAGUGAUGGCUUCCCACAAAGAAUUAUGGGAGCUGUGGGUUGUUUUUUUUAAAAAAAAGUUGCUAAGAGUUGUUAGAAGACCCUAAUUCCCCUCAGAGACUUACGAUUCCCAGAGUUCCCUGUGAAAAGGGAUUGACCGUAGAACCACUCUGUGAACUGUAGUUCCAUGAGGGGACUAGGGGGUCUUCUAACACCAGUCUUAGCACACUACAUUUCCCAGAAUUCUUCAGGGAAGCCAUAGCUGUUUAAAGUGGUAUCAUAGUUUAUUAAAAGUAUGGUAAGAAUGUGACCUGGAUGCGGGUGGCUCUGUGGUCUAAACCACAGAGCCUAGGACUUGCCGAUCAGAAGGUUGGCAGUUCAAAUCCCCGCGAUGGGGUGAGCUCCCAUUGCUCAGUCCCAACUCCUGCCAACCUAGCAGUUUGAAAGCACGUCAAAGUGCAAGUAGAUAAAUAGGUACCGCUCCGGCAGGAAGGUAAACGGCAUUUCCGUGCGCUGCUGUGGCCUGCCAGAAGCGACUUAGUCAUGCUGGCCACAUGACCCGGAAGCUGUAUGCCGGCUCCCUCGGCCAAUAAAGCGAGAUGAGCGCCGCAACCCCAGAGUCGGCCACAACUGGACCUAAUGGUCAGGUGUCCCUUUACCUUUUAAGAAUGUGACCACACUGUCAUCCUCAGCAGAACAAAGAGACCUGAAAGGUCAUUUUUAUUGUACAAUCUUAGGAGGAGUGGGGGCGUGAUGUAACUAUCAUGAAGGGACCCUUUGCUUCUGAAUUUGCCAUCAGGCAACUGCUGUUAAUGUAGUAUAAGAGUGCUUUAAAUGCAUGGUGUGAAUCCUACCUGAGAGAAAUCAGAACUGACAGGUUCACCCAUACCUGAGCUCAUGUAAAACUCAGCCGGAUGGGGACAAAACUAGAUUUAGAUGGCUGUGCCUGUCAUUGGCUCUGGUGCCACCUAUUUCUGGGCUCCCUGACUUCUGCCAAUGGGCAGCAGCCACCACAGCCGGGGCUUUCUAGUAAUCUGAGAGAAAACUGGUUUAUUUCCUCUGUUUGCCGCUGGCUGGAACUCCUCCUCCUGGCUGCCAUGACGGACCAAAUGUACAGAAAGUGCAUUGCUGAUUCUGUAGCGUCUGACUCAUGGUUUGGGUUUAUGUGGUAAGAACAGAGCCCUUGCAUGGAUUCACUGGCUUCCUCAAAAUAUAACUACCAAGAACACUAGAAGCCCCUUUUGUUGCUUCCUGUGCAGUGUGUAGCAGGAAGAAAACGACUAAAGGGGGUUAAACCUUUAAGAACAGAGGAAGAACUCUGUAGCACUGAACCGAAAGGUCCAUUGAGUAAAAGUAUCCUGUUUCCACAAGCCUGGCAUGGUAAGAGAAAUGGUCCCCGAUUGUUAUUACCCAGGUCCCCUCCCAGCAUCCUCUGUAUUGUAUAUUUAUAAUGAUUUGGGCUCAUGUUGUUAUCAGCCACCCUGCUUUUGAUCCUGUUUGAGCCUGCAAAAGUUUUGGGGCAGAUAUCCUGCUUCGUUUCCUGUAAGUUCCAUAGCGUUCUGCUGAAAUUCUGUAACUUUUCAUACCACAAUUGUUCUGGUUUAAUUUUAUGAGUGUCCUGCUUCUGUUCCCCCUGUAGAGUGCCCACCCCCCAGGAGCAAUAAUGUGGUACCAUUUAGGGGGCAUAUCACAGAACAAGAAAUAAAAUAGAAUGAUGACCCGUCCAGUAUAAACCCUCUACCAAUGCACUGUUGUUGUUUCACAUUGCAGUGCAUUGUUAAACUCUGGAACUCCCUCCCAAAGGAGUCACUGGCAGCCACUAACUUGGAAGGUUUUAAAAGAGGAUAAGGCAAAAUCAUGGAGCAUAGGACUAUCAGUUGCUAUUAGUCAAUGAUGGCUGUGUUCUGUCUCCAUAAUCAGAAGUAGUAAUGCUACUAAAUACCAGUUGUUUGAAGCCGCAGGAGGGGAGAGUGUUGUCCUGCUUGCAGGAUUCCCGUUGUGUCAUGAACUGGCUGGAUGUGAAUGAGUGGUGGGAGGCAUCAGCAAGGGGUACCUCCAAGGGAACCCCCGGGGAAGAAGGGUCAGAGCCAGGGGAUUGGUGGUGGGACAGUGAUGUGUGGUCAGAAGGAGAAGAGGGAACAGAUUGGGGGGAGGAGGUGCUGGAAGCUGAAGAGGCAACAGGGUUUAGUGAGCAGAAAAAGCCAGGGACAGAGAGCAGUCCAGGCUCAGAGGCAGAAAAGGAGGCAGUACAAGGGGGGGGGGGACCAAGAGGCAGCAAUGAGGAAGACCUCUGAAGAAUCCAGGGAGUCUCCCCCUCCUGCUGCAACCAGCUCCCCCGAACCGACCCGGUCUCCCAUAACACGCAGAGAGAUUGGUUGUGCUCAGAGGCAGUCUCUGAUUGCUUGGGGGGAAACGCUUGAGAGGAUGGAACUUAGGCAGCUGUGGGAAGGCGGGGACCUUCAGUCCUUGCAGCUGCCUCAUUGGGGCAACACAUACCGGGAAGAGUUGGUAGGAUUACUGGCCUGCACUGUUUUGGUUGCUUUGAAUAAAGAGUUAACUUUACUGAUACCAUCUGACCUACACUUGACUCUGGUUCCUGAUACACUGGGACAUCUGGUUGGCCAACAUGACAAUGGAAUUAUUAUUAUUAUUAUUAUCAUCUUAAUGUUUUUAUACAGCUCUGCUUAUGUUCUUAUGCUUCAAGCUGUGGGGAACUACAACUCCCACCAUCCUUUGCUACUGGCCAUGUUUGAUGGGGCUUAUGAGAGUUGUAGUUCAGCAACAUCUGGUGGGCCAAAAGUUUCCUACUCAUGGACUGAGUUAUAUUCGGAGUAAGCCCUUUGUCCAUUAGCUUCAAUGUGGCCCGUAAUGAGUUUGUACAAAAGAUCCCAGGUUCAGUUCCUGAAAUUUUCAGGUAACAGGAAAAGACCGUGUGUCUUAAAAUUCUGGAGAGCCAUUGCCAUUCACCGUAGACAAUGCUGAGCUAGGUAGAGCGAUGGUCUGACUUGGCAAAGACAGCUUUCUAUGUUACCUAUAUAUAAGACUGGCCCACCUUCUUGCCUUCUUUCUUAUAAAUCAGGUGGUGGUUCCGCUUGUCACUGGCUCUUUCUCCACCUAAUGUUCAUCUCCCUGCCUCCUGCCCUACAGCGGAGGCUGGUCUGUUAGGGUGCCAACCUCGGUCAGCACUCACUCGCCAGCCUUCUUACAGCCAGUCCAGAGGGUUGUCCUGCGUGUCACCUUCCUCUUCCUUACUGUCAGCAUUCCCCUUGCAGAACUCAGCAGAGAGGAAGAGGACGGGGCCUAAGAUAAAAUGGCUUGGCUCUGCCUGUCAUUGGCUCUGCCUCCACCUAUCAUGGGCUCUGGGCUCCACCUACUGUUUCCCCCUCCCCUGCCUCCUGCCCUACCAGCCCCAAUGUGUACCAGCCACCACUGCUCUUUCCUCUGGAGAUUGCAUGUGACUGGAAAUGGCAGGGAAGCAGAGCUCAGGUGAACGUUAAGAGAACUGUCCUGACGGUAAGAGCUGUUUGACGAUAGAACAGCCUCCCUCAGGAGGUGGUGGUUUUCCCUUUGCUGUAGGUGUUUGAAACAGCUGCUUGGACGGCUCACCUGUCAGGGAUCCUGCAGUCGCCUCCUGCAUUUCAGAUCUUGUACUGAGUUGCUGGUUGGAUCGGAUGAUUUCUAAGGUCCCUUCCACCUCGGUGACUUGCUGAUCUCUAGAAGUUAAUUACUGAGAUUGAAAAUGCAUGCCUUCUUUUUGUUGCAUGCUUGAUCUAGGCAGCGCCCAUCCUGCUGUUUUGCAUCCUGCUCUCACUGGGUCAAACAUAUUUUUCUAGUAGAAGUUUAACCCAAAGAACAAUUGGCCUCUUGGCACUGAAAUCAGUGCUGAUGAGUGAAUGAAUGCAGCCUGGUGGUGGGAUGGGCCUGUCUGCUGCCCUCCUGAUAGCUUCUCCCUGGGUCUGGCAGAGCUUCUCCCUAUUGUCUAUAGAGGCUUGUUUUCAUAUUCCCAUCCUGCUUCUCGAGUUCAAAAGUGCCAGUGGAAUUUAUAACAUUCCACAAUCCAAACUGUCCAUUAUAUAUAUGCACACAGUUCUAAAACUAGGAAUGAAGGCUGUGUUAUGCAUAGUCAGGACAUUCGUCCAUCUAACCAGUUUAUUCUUAUUAUCAUUAGUACUAUUUCCCCCCCCCCCCCGCCCCGCUCCACAAAGUCUUCAUGGACCAGAUCUGCAUUCAACAUGCAGGAUUUCUUUACUCCCCCCCCCUAUAAAAUGGCAGGGUUUUGACCAGCCAGCCUAUAUAGUUGAAAUUGCACAAGAUACAAUCCCUACUCUUAUGUCCAUAGUUGUCUUUAUUUACCCUACUGGAUCUAAUAAAGAGAAAGAAGUGGGGGUAGAUAAAUAAAUAGGGGACAAACCAAACCUAAUAACUUGGGGGAUGAGUGGCAUUUUGAAUAGGUGGCAGGUUUCUGAGCCAGCUGAUCCUGGCCUUAGCUGGAUGACGUCGCCCAUCCCAGGUCAGCCAACUGAGCUGAGGCCAGGAUAAGUCCCGAAACAGGGGUGUUCUACAGGUGUGAUGAGGUGUGUUGUAGGUUGGUGCAGGAGGAGACAUAGCCCUGUUCUUUUUUUUUUUUAAUUAAUAUUUAUUAAAAUUUCAGAAAGAAUAAAAUCACAUUAAACACAAAAAUUUUAACAAAAACAGAGAAAAAUACCCCAUACAAAAUACAAAGUACAGAAUAGAAAAAAGUAAAAAAAGAAAAAAGAAAGAAAAGAAAAAACAGUUAAAAAUAGUUCCGUCCUUUCAUAACCUCUUUUAAAUUUACUUGUUUCCCGGACUUCCUCAUACCUCCCUCUUUUGUAUUCCAAUUCAGUUUGUAAACCCAGCAAUUUCUUACCCUCCUUUUUAAUUCCAGUCCUAAAGAGACAUAGCCCUGUUCUAAAUUCUGUUCAGAUUGGUCAUGUGACCUGGUAACCCAGUGGGAGUUCCCUAGUACAAAGGUGGUCUAAGUCAAAGUGUGUUUUAAAGACUUUCCCUCCUCCCCUGGAGGGUUCAGGUGUCACCAGCCCUGCUUCUUAAUGGAGUUUUGAAUCAGGGUUAGUUACCCUGGCAUGAUUUACCCCAAAAUAGAUUACGUUGGCUUCCUUUAGUUUGGAUUGCUCUACCCAUCAACAAACCAAUGGUUAUUGAAGGGAUUCAUCACUGAACUUCAUGAAGUUGUUAAAAUUAAUGGCAUUGUUAUUUGCUAUCUGAAGAAGUGUGCAUGCACAUGAAAGCUUAUACCAAGAACAAACUUAGUUGGUCUCUAAGGUGCUACUGGACAAUUUUUUAAAUAUAUUUCGGAAUUGUUAUUUGUUAGUCAUUUAAAAACAGUGAGUCGGGCCAUCUACUGAAUGCCCGUUAUCUUCCCGUCCGCUACAUGCUAAUGCUUCAGAGUCAGGCUGAAUGUGAAAGGUUUUGUGGUUCAGCGAAUCCAUGCUUUUACAUUGCAAUAUUAUUAUUUUUAUUAAAAAUAAACAAAUCCUAUUUUGCAGUCGGCUGUUAAAAGCAGACAGGAGUAUGAGUUUUGAAAGGCAGUAGCCUCUAGAUGGCACUGCUCUCCAAGAAAAGGGGAUUGCUUUUGACUUAAAAAAACAACAACCCAGAAAACUUACAUGCUGGUUUUUCUGGUCUGGUUUUGUGAAACUGAUACUUAUGUGGAGACUGCGUACUUUUAAAAGGGGGUUAAGAGACACACAAAGUGUGGUGCUGAUGGUAACUAACUCUUCUGUUGGUUACCUCUUCCGUGCAUUUCCCCAGAUUCCUCUGGUAAACCAACAAGCAGUGCCCCUCCCCCACCUGACAUUUGGAAGUAGACCAGGGGUCAGCAAACUUUUUCAGCGGGGGGGGGGGGGGCUGGUUCACUGUCCCUCAGACUGUGUCAGGGGCUGGACUAUUUUUUUUGGGGGGGGAUGAAUGAAUUCCUAUGCCCCACAAUCCCAGAAAUGCAUUUUAAAUAAAAGGACACAUUCUACUCAUGUAAAAAACACACUGAUUCCCGGACCGUCUGCAGGCCGGAUUUAGAAGGCGAUUGGGCCGGAUCUGGCCCCCGGGCCUUAGUUUGCCUACCCAUGAAGUAGCCUGUCCCUGAACCUGAAGGUUCCAAUUACUGUCAUGCAGGAUCAGUGCCAGACUCUUUUGGGAAAGGGGGUUUGGCACAGUGCCACCUGCACCCACCCACAGACAGGACACAGUGCUGCUUAAGAGGGUCACCACAUGCCUUCUUCUUUGCCCACUAAUGAAAAUAAUUCGGGGCCCAGUGAAUGGUGAUGCAGCUAGAUUGGGCUGGUUAGGAGCUUUUCCAAGCCCCUGGAGCCCUUGACUAACUAGUAAAGGUAAAGGUCCAGUCAUGGCUGACUCUGGGGUUGCGGCUCUCAUCUCGCUUUAUUGGCCGAGGGAGCCAGCGUACAGCUUCCGGAUCGUGGCCAGCAUGACUAAGCCGCUUCUGGCGAACCAGAGCAGCACACGGAAACACCGUUUGCCUUCCCGCCAGAGUGGUACCUAUCUAUCUACUUGCACUUUGACAUGCUUUCAAACUACUAGGUUGGCAGGAGCUGGGACCGAGCAACGGGAGCUCACCCCGUCGCGGGGAUUCGAACCGCCAACCUUCUGAUCGGCAAGUCCUAGGCUCAGUGGUUUAACCCACAGCGCCACCAGCAUUCCUUUGGAGCCCUUGACUAGUGCCCAACUAAACCAAUGGCUGGCACCAGGCCUGCUAGCAUAGUUAACUUAUAUUUAUAUAUAUAGAAUUGUUUCUAUGUGUUUGCGGGAACAUAAGUUGUUUUUAAAUAUGGAAUUGUUUUUACUGGAUUUAUUCAUGGAGCUGUUUUCUUGUCUUAUGGCUGUAUUUGCUUUAUAAUUGUAUAUUCUGAUGUUACAAUGUGCCCUCGGACCUUAUGGUACAGGUCAAGUAAGAAAUCUAAUGAAAUAAAUGAGAUUUCUGUUGAUAGGAGAUCUCUCUUCCACAAACGUGUCCCACUCACCUCCCUCUCCUCUCACAACAACCCUGUGGCAUUUUGAUACGGGAAGUAAACCAUUGUAUCAUGCUGCCUUUCCUGCUGUGUUCUUAUGCUUCUUUUUCUUCUCCUGUAGAGAAGGCAGGAAAGCGAGACCCACGGCAAGAGCUUACAAUGGAGGGCCGGAAGCAGGCCUUGAAAAGCCCCCAGAAGCUCUCUCUGCUCUCGUCCCCAGUGCGGGCUGCCAUUCGCCUGCGGAGGACAGCUCAUGCCUUUAAGAAGAACUUCCUGCCUGGGGACUCCAAAGCAAAGCUUCUCCAGAGGCAGAUCUCCUUGGGGAAGGCCAGACUGGGCAGUGCCUCCACCUCCCUCUUGAGCCAAGCGAGCUUUGAGAGUUCUCAGUACUUCACUUUUGAUACCUCGGUGCAGGAGCCCUCAACCAGAUCCAGCAAGCGGAGGAAGAGGUCCAAGAACCCCAGGGUAUUGUACCCAGGAAACUCCAGGAAAUACCUCCCUGCCGAGCACAAGAGCAAAGCCAAGAGGUGCCUCCUGUUGCUUGUAGGAAUUGUCUGCUUCCAGAUCCUGAACGCCAUCGAGAAUCUGGACGAUAACCUCCUGAAAUAUGAUCUGGAUGGUCUGGAGAAGACAAUGCACCGAGAGGUUUUUGGGCAGGCCUUAGCAGUCGAGAGCAUUGUGGCAUUGCUCAAGGACUACCUGGCAACCCACAUACACAACAAACCCCUGGUCAUCUCCUUCAACGGCCCAAGUGGGGUUGGGAAGAGCCACGUCGGUUGGCUGCUAGCCAAACAUUUCAGGUCAGUCAUGGGGCACAACUCUGUGCUCCAUUACUUCGCCAUGCACCACUGCCCGGACAGCGCUUCCACAUCAGCCUGCCAGCAAGAUUUAUCUAAGACGAUCAGCGAGAUGGUCACCCAAGCCGAAAUUGAAGAGAAGAUCCCCGUGUUUAUCCUGGACGAGGUGGAGUUCAUGUCUACAGCCUUGCUGGAAACACUGGGUGGGUUCUUCCAGACGAACCAAACCAACGAGUUCCUCAAUGCCGUGUACAUCCUGAUAAGCAACCUGGGGGGCAACGAGGUCGCCAAUGUUCUCCUUCAGAAUGCCUCUGGCGACUUACUGCAGCCCCAGAAGAAGGUGGAGUUGCUGCAGGCUGCUCUCCGUCCUGUCCUUGACCAAGUCCACCCUCUUUGGAUGUUGGCGGAGAUCGUUCCCUUCGUCUUGCUGGAGAAGAGCCACAUCCUGAGCUGCUUCUAUGAGGAGAUGAUGAGCGAAGGCCUUUAUCCCGAUCCGAGCCACGUGGAGAGCUUAGCCAGCCAGAUCAACUAUUACAGUCAAGGAGGCCAACAGUAUGCCAUCACCGGUUGUAAGCAAGUUAUAGCCAAGGUGAAUCUACUGUAAAGGACAAGUGGGAACUUCUGACAAAAGGGCUGCCUUCCCCCUCUUUUCAUUAUGGAAGGGUGAACUGCAGGGGUCGAGAACUUUCAGCCCAUGGGCCAAAUGCGGCCUUCUAGGCUUCAUUAUCCCUCACAUGUACUGGGUUGACCAAUGCCUAGACUUAUUUGCAAAUGAAUAGGGAUGAGAGCAACGUGGCUUUUGGUCGCCAGAAUGUACAGCUAGGAAUAUAGGAAGCGAAGGACUUACACUUGAGAUUGCUUUUUUCCUUUUCCCUCCCAUUUCUUUUUUACCUCACGUUUCAUGUCUUUUUAGAUUGUGAGCCUGACGGCAAAGGACUGCCUUAGUACUGAUUAUUGCGAGCUGCUCUGAGACCUUUUUCUUUCUUUCUUUGGCUAAAAGGUGGGGUGUGAAUGCCCUGAAUAAAUAAAUAUGCCUUUGGGGAGAGGAAUGAUUUUUCAACCACUCUGUAAACUGUAGCUCUGGAAGGGGAAUAGGGGGUUGUCUAGCAACUCUCAGCAGUCUUAUCAAACGACACUCUCAGGAUUCUUUGGGGGAAGCCAUGACUGUUUAAAGUGAUAUGAUACUGCUUGAAGUGUAUAGUGUGGAUGGAGCCCGAGGCAUUACUGGAGUUGAAGGAAAGGCAUAACUCUCAGGGUAUUGAUGUGAAACAAGGCCUGUGAGAGGUGUGGCCAGGGGAGAGUUCUGAGGGCCAGAUAGAGAGGACAUGAGGGCCACAUUUGGUCCUCAGGCCCUGAGGUUCACCAUACCAGCUAUAAAUGCUUUUGAAUCGGGCUUUUUCCUUUGAAGGGGCACCAGCAAGUUUCCAAUCUUGAACUGGUGGCUCCCAAGGGUUGAAACAGAAGAAAGAGAAAAUCUUACACAAUUACAAGGAGAAGCAAAGAUUAGAAUAUACGGUAACUGCAUUUAAUCCUGAUGGUUUUAAAUAAAAGUUGCCUCCAGAUGGAGGCUUAAUAUUGUAAACAGGUCAUUCAGAUAUUGCAAAUGAGUUGUUGGCAAUUUUUUAUAUAUAUAAAAAAAGACUGACUGGAUUUGUAGCCUCUAAAUCUGGAUUAAAUGGGAUGGCAGGAUACAGGCUGGCAUUUUGAUGCGGAUGUUGUCAUGUGGAUGCAACAUAAAGCCUGAAUGGAUGAGGAGCACCGAUCCUAUCUGGAAGCCCCCAAGUUCUUUGCUGUUCCGUAACAUUGUCAGUUUAAAAAGCAGCAACGUUUUCUCGAAAACACAG